AUGGUCCUCAAGCUCUAUGGCUCUCCUGUUUCCACCUGCACCAAGCGUGUGGCGAUGGUGCUCCACGAAAAGCAGGUGCCGUUUGAAUUCUUCCCCAUUGAUUUGGCCAAGGGGGAGCACAAGGCCCCGGAAUUCGUCGCGCAUCAACCGUUCGGCCAGGUUCCCUAUAUUGACGAUGAUGGAUUUGUCCUCUACGAGAGUCGAGCCAUUGCUCAGUACAUUGCUACCAAGUAUGCCGACCAGGGCACGCCAUUGAUCCCCAAGGGCAUUAAAGAGUAUGGGCUUUUCCUGCAGGGUGUUGCAAUAGAAAGUUCCAACUUUGACCCGUAUGCAUCCAAAUUGGUAUUUGAAAAACUUAUCAAGCAAAAGUACGGUAUGACUUGCGAUGAGGCGGUUGCAAGCCAAUCCGUUGAGACUCUCAACGCAAAGCUGGACGUGUAUGAGAAGAUCCUGAGCAAGCAAAAAUAUAUCGGCGGUGAUGUUCUCACGCUGGCUGAUUUGUAUCACUUACCCUAUGGCGCACUCCUUCCCCUGGUGCCAUGCGACGCGAUCGAGAAGAGGCCCGCUGUUUCAAAAUGGUUCAAGGAAUUGGCCGCCCGCCCAUCCUGGCAGGCUGUUCAAGGAGGCAUCAAAGGGACGGCUUGA